GUCCUCACUUACACGACUUCGGUUCGCUGGUAGCGUCACAGCUGAUUUGGGGAAUCCGUGAGGUGUAUAUCUGAAGAUUUCCCCAGUUAAUCAGUCUGCCCACAUGAAGACAGAACCUGAGGUAUAGAUGUGCUUCAAACGAUAAACCGACGGUUUAAGGAAGCUUGAACAACUUCUACUCAACAGGAAGAUGGGUCCGAUUAGAGUUUUUCCAAGUCUUCAUCAUGUUGCUGCUCUUCCUUCUAUAUGCACGAGAUCAAGACAUUCCCUUUGUAGGCCAGCUGUAAAACUGUGCUAUUCCUCCCUCUGCACCCUGCAACAGACAAGAUCUGGUUCAACAGAGACCGCCUUUAGCCAUCACAUUUCAGACCUGACUGACAGGGAGAAAAGACUACUGACCAGGCUUUAUGAUGGACUUAUCGGGGGUCAGAGGGCAGCUCUCGCCGAAUCUAUAACCCUUGUGGAGACCCAGCAUCCAAGGAAGAAAGAGAUGGCCCAGGUUCUGCUUCAAAGAGUGCUGGCCUUCCGUCAGGAGCAGGAGAAACGCAAUGGUGGAAAUCCAGUGGCCUUCAGAGUGGGACUGUCUGGUCCCCCUGGUGCUGGAAAGUCUUCAUUCAUCGAGGUCAUUGGGAAAAUGCUGACAGGAAGAGGACAUAAAGUGUCAGUACUGGCUGUGGAUCCUUCCUCGUGCACAACUGGAGGUUCACUGAUGGGGGACAAAACGCGAAUGACAGAGCUCUCCAGAGACAUGAGCGCUUACAUCCGACCAUCUCCCACAUCAGGAACCCUCGGUGGUGUGACGCGAACCACCAACGAAGCUAUAGUCCUCUGUGAGGGCGCAGGCUAUGACAUUGUAUUAGUGGAAACAGUGGGUGUUGGUCAGUCUGAGUUUGCCGUGGCUGACAUGGUGGAUAUGUUUGUGCUGUUGAUCCCACCAGCAGGGGGCGAUGAACUACAGGGAAUCAAAAGAGGAAUCAUUGAGAUGGCUGACUUGGUGGUGGUUACAAAAUCAGAUGGUGAGUUGGUCGUUCCAGCGCGCAGGAUACAGGCAGAAUACACAAGUGCCCUGAAGUUGCUCCGAAAGAAGUCCAAAGUCUGGAAACCAAAGGUGGUCCGCAUAUCUUCUCAGACGGGGCAGGGUGUGCCUGAGCUGUGGGAUACCGUGCUACACUUCCGGGACGCCAUGCUGAGCAGCGGGGAGCUGCGAGUCCGGCGGCAAACUCAGCAGAAGGUGUGGCUGUGGAAUCUGAUCCAGGAGAACGCUCUACGCCACUUCCAGCAGCAUCCAGCGGUGCGUGCCCGGCUCCCGGAGCUGGAGCGAAGGGUCACGCGUGGAGACAUCUCACCAGGCCUUGCCGCUGACCUGCUUCUGAAAGUUUUCUCCACCGCACAGUGAUGGAAGGCCGUUCCAUGGGAAGCUAUGAGCUGGGGCUUAUUGGAAAGAUAUAAUAGAAAGAUUGAGCCUUACAAGAUUUGAUUACUUUUUAUUAUGUUUCAUCUGGUUUUAAAGGAUCCUAAUGACUGAUGACAUUUGAUAAUUAUUAUAGGUGAGGUAGCAGUCUCGGUAUUAUCUUGCCAAGUUGGGGAAAUUGUAUUCAAAGAAAAGGAAAUUAAAUGAUUAAUAACUUUUACACCCUGUGACCUGAAAUCUGUUACUUGUAUGGGACUCAACAAUAAAGUAUUUUCUGUUGGUCCACCUCAGCUAUUGAUUAAUUUGUAUGUUUUGUUUUAAUUUUUUUUAUUAUUAGAUUUUUACUUGCCUACAAACAUUUACACCGAUCUCAUGAAAUAAAUUGAAAAAUAUGUAUUAUGUAUAUACAGUAAUAUACAAUUUGAAAACAAUAGCAUGGUGGAAAACAUUUUUUCUUUAAUGACCCAUAAAAUACAAUGCAUUACUUUAUUUUUCACUGAACAUUUAAAAAAAGAAAAAGAAAAAAGGUAAACCGCUAUAUGUAUAGAUUUUGUUUAUAUGCCUGCAAACAUUCACACUUAUCAGAAUACUGUUUUGUGUUCAUGCAUUUUAAAUAGAAGUCCUAUAGACUGUACAGGGAUGCUAAGUAAACUACUAGCAGUACUGUAUUAUACUGUUGUGCUCAAUGUUUUCCUGUGGAAAUAAGACAAAACCGCUGUUAAGUCGUGGGGUGUUUGUUACAAAUCACUAGAACUAUAUCACUAGAGUUAUUUUUACAAUUACAUUCUCCGCAAGCCAGCAGAUGAUAUUGCUGAUCUUACAUCAUAGCUCCAUUACAUGAAUUUAAAUGAGCUCAUACAGUAGAGUGUUUUCCAGCAGUUGGUGUUCUCUCAGGCUGACACUAGAUGGACCUGCAGACCUGGAGAGAUCUUUGUCCGUUAUGUAAAUGAGCUCCUCUGCAUGCCACUGCUGUUUUUCUCAGCUUACAAUAGCGUGCUGUUGGCCUGCCCCUUACAGACUCGGAAUAUGCUGACUGCGAUUCCAGUCCUGUUCGCUCCUGUCCUGAUGGUGUACCACAACAGAGAUUUACAAACUCUUAAGAGAACAAGCCACGUUGAACGCUGCCAUGUUGUAACCCAACAUUGUUCUGUUUCAAUAAAUCCCAAGUUCAUGUGA